AAAUUGGCUAAUUUGUGACAAAUACGAAAAGUGUCUUCUAAAUGUACAAUUAUUCAUAAUCACUACUUGUAAGAAACCUCUGAAGAAAGCGCGAACGUAGACGUUAUCUUUUGUACCAUUAUGGUCCUGCUUGCGACCCGCGAACUCACGUAGCAGUCACGCACGUUUAAAGAAUCGUUGGCAGCAGUUCCUGUUUUAGUUCGUGUAAAGGUGAUGCAGCAGAGCGCGCCACCGUAUUGAUCCCCACCACGUUAUAUGGGAGUUAUAGGCAAACACGUGCGAUAAAUUAGUGUGACGGGUGUGCUUGAGAUGAGGUUCGAAUGUUGAUCAUUUGUUUUAUUAGGAGAUUUGUUUUGAAAUAUUGAUGCAUUUGUGUUGUAAACUUUUCAUUACGUUUGUUAACAUCGACGUCGUAUUCUCAUUUUUUGAAGAUGCCAAAAGUGAAAGCAGAGAAAAAGAGCAAGCAGCUGCAGGCUAUAGUGAAACAAGGCUUGUUGCAGAAUUACAAAAACGAGUGCAAUGUACCCCACUGCAAAGUAAACUUCAGAUAAUGAUAGGAGAUGUUCUGAAAACUGAUCUGCCAUUUUUUGAUCUGUGUGUUGCUAAUAUCCCUUAUGAAAUAUCUUCAAGGCUGGUUUUUAAAUUGCUGCUUCAUCGACCCUUCUUCCGAUGUGCAGUUCUUAUGUUUCAACGAGAGUUUGCACAACGACUAGUUGCAAAGCCUGGAGACAAGCUUUACUGUAGGCUAUCUGUAAACACUCAAUUAUUGGCUCGAGUGGAUCUAUUAAUGAAAGUGGGGAAAAACAACUUUAAACCUCCUCCAAAAGUAGAGUCCAGUGUAGUGAGACUGGAGCCUCGAAAUCCUCCACCUCCCCUUAAUUUCACAGAAUGGGAUGGGUUGACUCGUAUAGCUUUCACUCGUAAAAAUAAAACUUUAUGUUCUAUAUUCAAACAAACUACAGUUCUUUCAGUUUUAGAGAAGAACUAUAAAAUUCACUGUUCACUAAAUAAUAUUACACUACCUCAAGAUUUUAAUAUUAAAAACAAGAUUGAAGAGAUUUUAACAACAAGUGAGUUUGAAACAAAACGUUCACGAACAAUGGAUAUAGAUGAUUUCAUGAAGUAAGUAUCUUAUGAUACCAAGUCAGCAAAAUUUAGUCAAUGAUUUUAUGUGCAUUUGCAUAGAAGAUUUAAUGGCACCUCAAAAUUAUGUAACCUAAGAACAAAUCUAAGAGUCAACAUUCGAAGAACUAGAGAAAUGGAACAAAGGGCAGAUUUUUAGAAAGCAAAAAUUGUCUACGGAAUGAGUGAUAAAGAAAUUAAACUUCUCAGAAAACUUAAACGCAUGCGGAGAGAGAGAAAUAAAAUUAUCAAAGUCUUAAAGACUCACUAAGUGUUGAAAAUGCAACUUGUAGGUAUAUUGAAAAUAAUUUCUCUCCCCUCACAAUUUUAAAAUUUUUUUUAGCUGGCUUAGAAUGUGUUUAGUUUCUUAUCACAUUUUAAAUUAAACUUAAAUUUAUCAGAAAAAUCAUGUGUAUCAAAAAGUUCUUUGCAUUGUUUGAAAUGUUUAUUCCAUUUUUUCUUAAUGAUAAGACACUUUUUUAAACAUUUGCUUUCUUUUCUGCAGACUUUUACAUGCAUUCAAUGCUGAAGGAAUACAUUUCAGUUGAGCUGAUUGCAGCGAUCAAAAUUGCAGUACUGAGAAAUGUUCUUUAAUCAGAUUAAAUAUCCUACAAGCAUUAUGUAUAAUUUAUUUUGUAAUAAAGUGAAAUUCUUAUAAAUUUCUAUAACUGAUUCUUUGCAUAUUUUUAUGACAGGUGAUUAAAGAAAUAAUAGUAAUAUGAAGAACCCAUUUUAAUAAAGAUAUAACAUUAUACAAAUGAAAAAUCUCUGUACACUCUGGAGGUUUUUCCCGGGAAAAGACCUGAAAUGUUUACUGGCGUUUGGAACGUACACCUUGGAUUAUGGCAUUACUUCCAUCUCUCACAGGCCAUACAUAAUACAUCUGCAUCACAAAUAACUUAUAUAAUUUCAAUGAUCCCGAAUGGUGUAAAGUUAUAUUGAAACACUAUAACUUAUAAUGAAUGUUGUUUAGGAAUGUAUUUUCACUGCUUGUUUGGUAUUCAUAUUCAAAUUCAUAACGCACUGGAUAAAAUUAAUCUUGAAUAGUUUUUUGUAUCUCUAUUAGGAAAAUACAUUUCUAGAAUCUGGUUAUCAAAAAUCAAAUCGUACAGUACAGAGAGGAUCAAGCAUGUGGAGGACCUAAUAAUUAAAUCAGGCAUUUUUUUAUUGUCUUCACGAGCUUGAAUCAUCGUUCCUAUAUGACCGUUUUCUCUUUGACUUUUUCCCUUUAGUAAGUCUGACAGGAGAUGAACUUUCAGAUCUCCGCUUGUCCUUUCGCUUCCUGAUGUCGCGCUUGUGCGAUUUAUGUCUGUGAUGCUUGCAGUCGUGGUAAUGUGAUGAACUACGUGAAGAAGAUGCAACUGAUGAAUAAGAUGCUUCUCUCUGGCCACUAGAUCCCGCAGAUUUAGUGAUGACAAUACUUCUUAACUUAGGUCGAUCAGAUGACAGCGAUGCCCAUUCAUCUUCUGUGUAUGGAGGAUCAUAACAGUCAAGUGAAUAAUCAUGAUCUGUUUCAGGUUCCUGUUUUCGCACAAUACGCCAUACUUCUUUACGAGAUUUUCUGUUCUUAGAUCGAAUCCUGUCAAUUUUGCUAUCAUCGGAAGACUCACGAGGUGAGACUAUUCUUUUACGCUUUCCCUUUGAUUUAUUCCUUCUGUGUUUAGCACUCUCAGAUUCUGAAUCCGAAUCUGAACUAGGGAUUCGCCGCCUCCUUACUUCUGCAGAAUCACCUUCAUCAGAUGAGCUAUGAGGUUUGCGAGGUUUCUUGCGCUUUGGAGUGACCUUUUUAUGGGUUGAUGGAUGUGGAACAUACUCUGAAUCAGAGGUAUCUGAUGUUUUUGAUAAUGAUGAUGAUGAUGAUGAUGAUGAU